CCUUAAAAAAACUUAAAACUUCUCUAGAAAACAAAUAAGAUUGUCGCUCCAAACAUCAUCUGGUUUCAAACGAGGCAGACAAAGAAACAGAAAGCAAAGGCAAAACCGAAAGGAACAAAAGAGUUGCACUUGUGUUAUAUUGUCUACGGAAGAAGAAGAAGAAGAAGAUGGAGCCUCUCAAAGCUGCGAUUCCAGAGAAACUAAAACAACUGAUUGGGGAUAGCACUGUUCACACUCUUCGCGACUCAUGUUCUUCUCUUCAUAACUUCUUUCUUCAUUUCGAACCAUUUCACCAGAUGGUGGCUGAACUUGCAGACCCUAGCUAUGCUCUAUGCGGCAAGAACAAAGAAACCGCAUUGAAAUAUAAGCAGCUUGGUAACCAAUGCUUCUCAAACGAUGAUUAUGCCAAGGCUCUGGAUUAUUAUACUCAGGCAUUGCGUAGGGCUCCUUUUGAGGUUGGUGAAAUUGAAAAUAAUCUGAUUGCAACAUUGUAUAUUAAUCGAGCUACUGUAUUGCAUAAAAUGAAUCUUUUGGUAGAAUGUUUGCGAGAUUGCAAUCGAGCUCUUCAGAUAUGUCCGAGCUAUUCAAAGGCAUGGUAUAGGAGAGGAAAGGCAAAUGUCUCCUUGGGAAAUAAUAGAGAUGCGAUCUGUGACCUAAAUAUAGCUAAGAGUGUCGAAUCAUCCACAGGUGGUAAGAAACAAAUAGAAAGUGAGGUGAAAAUUGUUUUAGACCAAUCCAAAAGUGCAAAUAUAGCAGUACAGCCGCGACACAAGGAAAAUAGCUUGAAUACAGUGGGUGAGAUGCCUCAAAUAAAGCUGCAAAGUGUCUCCAUGCCUGAUAAAGGAAGAGGCACAGUGCCAUCACAUGAUGUUUCACCAGGUUCGUUGGUUCAUGCUGAAGAACCUUAUGCUACAAUAAUAUUAAAGCAAUGCCGGGAAACUCAUUGCCAUUAUUGCUUGAACGACCUACCUGCUGAUAGAGUUCCUUGUAUAUCAUGCUCAAUACCAUUGUAUUGCUCCCGCCAAUGCCAGAUAAAAGCAGGCGGGCAAAUGUUCAGGAUUUCCACAGAAGAUAAUCACAUUCUUAAAAACUUACCCUGUGAUCUUGGAGAAUAUGCUGCUGAAGUGAUUCAGUAUAAAGAUUGUGAACAAAAGAUUGAUGAUGUUACUGAACAUCAACACGAAUGUCAAGGGGUACAUUGGUCUGCUGUACUGCCUUCUGAGAUAGUUUUGGCUGGCAGAGUUCUAGCGAAGUUUUUGUCGAAGAGCUCGUCUGAAGAUAUCACAAGUUUUGUGGAAAAGUUGGAGCUUUCUCAUUGCUACGAACGUAUGCCAUUUGAAAGUAAAUUGGAUUCACAUAUAUACGCCAUUGUACUGUUAUACUGUCUUAAACAGUCUUAUACAACUAUAUUUUCCAUUGAUGGAAUCUCUAUAUCACAGGCUGUCAUAGUUAUUUCUCAGAUUAAAGUGAAUUGUAUGACUGUUGUUCGUUUAAAAUCAAUAGACGCUCAUGGACUAUCAGAUCAGUCUGGAGGAUUUCCAUUUCAUUCCAGUGCGCGUUUAACUAGUAAUGUGGAACAGGUCAGAGUGGGCAAAGCUAUUUAUAAAGCUGGCAGUUUAUUCAACCAUUCUUGCCAACCAAAUGUUCAUGCGUAUUUUCUUUCACGCACACUCUAUUUACGAACAACAAAAGUUGUAGCAGCUGGGUGUCAGCUGGAAUUGUCUUAUGGUCCACAGGUUGGCUUGUGGGAUUGUAAAGAUCGCCAAAGUUUUCUGAAAGAUGAAUACGCAUUUCAUUGUCAAUGUACUGGUUGUUCAGAAGUCAAUCUAUCUGACAUUGUCCUCAAUGCUUUUCGUUGUGUCAACCCAAAUUGUUCUGGCGCAGUGUUGGAAAGCAGAGUACUUGAGUGUGAAAAGCAGAAAAUCAUUGUUAUCAAGAAUGAUGACAUCUCUGAAGUAUGUCUGAAUGCAUUUAACCAAAAUGAUGCCUCUGUUCAUAUUCAACCUGGGCAUUGUUUAAAAUGUGGUUCUUACUGUGAUCUAGAGUCUUCACGUGCCACAGUUGAUAAAGCCUUAAUAUGCAUAAAAAGGUUGCAGGAUGCAAUAUUGUCAAAAGAAAUUUCAAAUACUUUCAUUUCAGACGCUUUGAGAUCUCUUCAUUUGCUAAGAUCAAAUUUGCAUGCUUACAAUAAGGUUAUUGCAGAGGCUGAAGACAACCUUGCCCAAGCUUUUUGUUUAGUGGGAGAAUUAAAAAUAUCUGUGAAUCAUUGUAAAGCAUCUAUUCAGAUUCUGGAAAAGCUAUAUGGUCCUGAUGAUAUUGUUAUUGCCUAUGAACUUGUGAAGCUUUCAUCUGUCCAACUUUCCUUGGGUGACAAUAGUGCUGUCGACAGCAUUAGUCGAAUAGGUGCUAUCUUCUCACGUUAUUAUGGACUUCAUGCAGACUUGGUCUUUCCUUACCUUCAGUACCUCAGGAGAGAAAUUUAGAAUUUUCAGUGAAGGUUCUCUAACCAAAUGUUUUUCCAGCAAAGUGAGCUAUAAGGUGAUAGAAAAAAAUGCCAGUCAUCGCUUAAAUGACAGGUCAUUUGAUAUAAAAGAUCUAAUGCAGUCAAAAACCACGAGAAAAGUUACUCAAUGCUCAUCCAUGUAGCUCAGCAGUUGGCGCUUCUUGCUCAGAGAUAAGAUAGCCUUUGAAUUGCUAUAUUCAGGCGUGUUAUCCAACUGCUCUUGCAGAUAAGUGUAUUUUAUUGAUGGUACAGUUAAAUUUAAAGACUAUCAUCAUCAUCAUCAUCUAAUUGGGAUCAAGAAAGUUCUGAAGAAAAGAUGUCUGUCUAUUUGAAUA